GAUUAGGUAAUAAACCAGGCACAUAAUACAAAAACUGAUUAUUUACACUUUACACUAAGCAGGAUUUGGCGAUUUGCAUCCACCCCCGAAGGGUAUCAGGAAUUCCCCAUUGAUCUCAAGUUAUAACGUGCAAGCGAUGGCUCUAUUUAUUUCCCUUUCUUUUUCUUUUUUUUUUUUUUGCGACUAGAGUUUGAAAGGAAAACCAAGUUAGCAGCUUCAAAGUGCAGAGAGAGUAGCCUCUAAAAGAAGCAUUAAAAAAAUAUGAUAAAAAUGGGAAAGUUCCCUCACAGAAGAAGACAGCCAGUUCACAUGUAUUGCGUCUCAGCAAAACAAGUGACGGAUGCUGAUUUGGCAUAAGCAACAGACUUCUCGCUGGAAAGCAGACUUACUCGUUAAAGUUGGUUAACUGAAACCCCACAACAUCUCUCUUUCUGGGUACAAUGCCUUGCAAGCUUGGUUUCAAUAACGGCCAAUGAAGAAUACAUGGACAUUAGCCACUCUUCCUAACUUUAUCCAAGUAAAAUUUUUGGAACUAACAGACAUGGAACCGAAACUCCCAUUCUGGAAUGGUGGAAGACCAUUUUCACUAUAUUUUGGUUUCUGUUCCUUGCAAGGCAUCACUUAAUUCUCUUCCUUCCCUCCCUUUACCUCCACUCAAAAAUAUGUCUAUUUGCACAUCUAUAAAGACAGUUGCUUAGCACAAUCCCUCUCAAUAUCAGCCAAAGUGAGAUCAACACAACAGGGAAACGAGAAUAAAGAAGACUUCAGUUAUGGAGAUUAUGAUACGAGGUGAAGAGUCUCCUGAGCAUGGUGAACAAAAAGUACCCCUGCUGCAAAGUUUGACCGUAUCUGAAACCGAAAAGAAAAAUGCCGUACAGAAGGCAAUCAGUCAAACGUUUCAAAGCACAGCACAUUUGGCUAAUCUAUUACCCACCGGAACUGUUCUAGCUUUCCAACUUCUCUCACCCAUAUUCACCAAUCAGGGCAACUGUGACUCAGUCAGUCGGUCUAUGACGGCUGGCCUCAUUUUACUUUGUGGUUUAUCAUGUUUCCUGAUGAGCUUCACAGAUAGUUUCAGAGACAAGAAUGGCACUGUCUGUUAUGGCUUUGCCACAUUUUAUGGAUUGUGGGUCAUUGAUGGUUCAAUCACUCUUCCACCGGAAUUAGCUGCAAAAUACCGACUACAUUUUAUAGAUUUCAUGCAUGCCUUCAUGUCAAUACUAGUAUUUGCAGCUGUGGCACUUUUCGAUCAGAAUGUUGUUAGUUGCUUUUACCCAACACCAUCAGAUCAGGCUCAGGAGAUCCUCACAGCAUUGCCAGUUGGGAUAGGUGUCCUCUGCAGCAUGUUAUUUGUUGUCUUCCCUACUACACGUCAUGGAAUUGGUUUCCCCCUGUCUGCAAAUUAACAUUUUCCUCUUUCGGUAUGAGAUACAAAUACACGUAUGUUUCCAAAGUGAUAAAACUUUUCUAAUACUAAUGUGCUUGUCAUCCUUCAUUCC